AUGGGUCACGGAGGCAACAAUAUCAUCCCAAAUGUGCACUUCCGCAAGAUCAAUGGCUGCCAGAGCGGGCGCAAGAACCGCGUCUUCAUGCGCACAUGGCUAGAUCAGGCCGGCCGUAAGAAGCGACGCUCCAACGCCAGGAAGGCAAAGGCGGCGAAGGUCUUUCCGCGACCCGCAGCCGGUCUGUUGCGGCCGGUGGUGCAUCCGCCUACGCAGCGCUACAACAUGAAGCUACGCCUGGGCAAGGGCUUCACGUUGGACGAGCUCAAGGAGGCCAAGAUCCCCAAGAAGUACGCGAAGACCAUCGGCAUUGCCAUCGACCACCGCCGCAGGAAUCGAUGCACGGAGAGCCUCCAGGCCAACGUCGAGCGCCUGAAGCUCUACAUGUCCAAGCUGCUGCUCUUCCCGAAGAAG